UCCGUAACGGAGUGAGUCGCAGCCUCAGUACCAGCGCGGCGCUCAGAGCGGAUACACGGGCGGAACGAGAGCUUCACGCCGCUGCCGCUUGCGCAUUAACCGGAACGUUUUUAUUGCUCCUCUAAAACACGCCGAGCGGGAUUUUAACCACGGGAUCCAAGCGGACAGAGAAAGAAAUAAAGCAGGAGAAAAAAAAGUGUCUCCAUGGAGCUAAGCUUAGGCCGGGGCUCGUUUCUGCUCUUCCUCCUGACAGCCCUCCAGACUGGCACGGAAGGCAGAAGCUCUGUACCAUGCAGGCCUGGUUUUUCUGAAGAUGUCUAUGAUGCACCAAUGCCUGAAACCUUACAAGAGGAACAGCCGCUUCUUACCGUGAGGUUCCAUGACUGCGGUCGAGGAGGGCGAGUGCACUUCGAGUGCAGCCGGCCGACGGAUUUCCGGAUCCAGAUCACCGGGGACGUGCUGUCUCUCCAGCCGUCUUUAUCCUCACCAUCCUCUUUGUCUUCUACUCCGCUGCUGGUUAUAGCGAGGGACGUCUCCACACAGGAGCAGUGGAAAACCGAGAUCCGGCUCCGGCCAACAGGAGGCCACGAGUCACAGGAGACUCUUGAGUCCAGAAGACCACCAGAGAUUAUAAUCCCCUCGCGGCAGGUGAAGAGCCAGAUCAAACGCAUGAAGAGAGACUGGGUUAUUCCUCCCAUUAACGUCCCAGAGAACUCCAGAGGACCUUUUCCACAGGAGCUCGUCAGGAUCCGUUCAGACCACGAUAACAAGGUGAACCUGCGCUACAGCGUGACCGGCCCUGGAGCUGACCAGCCACCCACCGGCAUCUUCUCCAUCGAUCCCAUCUCAGGAGAACUGAGCGUGCUCAAACCGUUGGACCGCGAGCACAUCGCCAGCUUCCACCUGAGAGCGCAUGCAGUGGACCUGAAUGGCAAUCAAGUGGAAAACCCUAUUGACAUUGUGAUCAACGUGAUCGACAUGAACGACAACCGACCUGAGUUUGUUCAUCAGAUCUGGAAUGGGACUGUACCAGAGGGCUCCAGGCCAGGCACAUCCGUAAUGACGGUAACAUCCGAGGAUAAAGACGACCCACGCACGCACAACGGCCAGCUGCGCUAUAAGAUCCUGUCUCAGAACCCGGAGAGCCCGAGCGCUAACAUGUUCACCAUCAACAACCGCACCGGCAGCAUCAUCACCGUAGCAGCUGGGCUGGACCGAGAGAAAGUUCCUCAGUACACGCUGAUCAUCCAGGCCACCGAUAUGGAAGGGAACCCGAUGUACGGCCUUUCCAACACCGCCACGGCCGUCAUCAGGGUGACCGACAUCAACGACAAUCCUCCUGAAUUCACCAACGAUGCUUUCUUCGGCGAAGUGCCGGAAAAUCGUGUGAACGUGAUUGUGGCCAAUCUGACUGUGGCGGAUAAAGACCAGCCCAACACUCCAGCAUGGAACGCGGUGUAUAAGAUCACAGCUGGAGAUCCCACUGGCCGCUUCUCUGUCCCCACUGACCCCACCACCAAUGAGGGACUGGUCACCGUCAUCAAGCCCAUUGACUACGAGACAACCCGGACGUUUGUGCUCACCGUAGUGGUGAUGAACGAGAUCUCGCUAGAGCGAGGCAUCCACCUUCCACGCCAGUCAACCGCCACCGUCUCCGUCCGUGUCAUCGACGUCAACGAGAGCCCUUACUUCGAUCCCAAUCCUAGGCUCAUCAGGCUGGACGAGGGCAUGCCAGCCGAGUCAGCGCUCACCACGUUUGUAGCGCAGGAUCCGGACCGUUUUAUGCAGCAGACCAUCAGAUACUCGAAACUCUCAGACCCGGCUGAUUGGCUGAGGAUCGACCCAAGCAACGGACGCAUCACCACCAUUGCUGUUCUGGACCGAGAGUCUCCAUAUGUUCAGAAUAACCUGUACAACGCCACGUUCCUCGCCACCGAUAACGGCAUUCCUCUGGCCAGUGGGACCGGGACUCUGCAGAUCCUGCUGCGUGACAUUAACGAUAACGCUCCUCAGGUGUUUCCUCACGAGGUCGAGAUGUGCGAGAAACCCGAAAACAAUGGCAUCAACAUCACAGCUUUGGACGGAGACCUGAAUCCCAACGCCGGACCCUUCGCCUUCGAGCUGCCUCCUCGGCCCAGUGACAUCAGGAGGAACUGGACUCUUACACGCCUCAAUGGUGACUACGCCCAGCUGAGCCUGAAGAUCGGUUUCCUAGAAAGAGGCAUCUACGAGAUCCCGAUCUCCAUCACCGACUCCGGCAACCUGCCCAUGUCCAACACGUCCUACCUUCGUGUGAAGGUGUGUCAGUGUGAUCAGAACGGCGACUGCACGGAUCAGGAGUUCCUCGCGGCCGCAGGACUGGGAACGGGAGCCAUCAUCGCCAUCCUACUCUGCAUCAUCAUUCUCCUCAUCCUGGUCCUGUUGUUUGUGAUGUGGAUGAAGAGGAAGGAUAAAGAGCGUCAAGCCAAACAGUUGUUAAUCGACCCCGAGGAUGACGUCAGAGACAACAUCCUUAAAUACGAUGAGGAAGGAGGUGGAGAGGAGGACCAGGAUUAUGACCUGAGUCAGCUGCAGCAGCCGGACACCAUGGACCCGGAGUGUGUAAAGCCUGUCGGGAUCCGCAGACUGGAUGAAAGGCCGCUUCACCCCGAGCCUCAGUACCCGGUCAGAUCGGCCGCCCCACACCCCGGAGAUAUCGGAGACUUCAUCAAUGAGGGCCUGAAAGCGGCCGACAGCGACCCGACGGCUCCGCCGUACGACUCGCUGCUGGUGUUCGAUUACGAGGGCAGCGGUUCGACGGCCGGCUCGCUCAGCUCUAUCAGCUCAUCCAGCAGCGGCGGAGACCAGGACUACGAUUACCUCAACGACUGGGGACCGCGAUUCCGCAAACUCGCCGACAUGUACGGAGGCUCAGACGAGUGAGACGGAAAGGAAGAACGAGGGAGAAAAAACACACACAUGCCUGGCUUUUCUCUACACACACCCCCAUUCUGACUGAUCUAUGAGGACAGCUUCUGUCAACCGAUUUUCCCCACGAGAACAUACGGAUUUAAGCAAAAAAAACUAAAAAAAAAAAAAAAAAAAAGGGACUAAAUUUAAAAAAUCGACAAAAUUAAAAAAAAUCCUAGACUCAGUAUUGUAGUGUAGGUUUAUGCUUGUUGUGAAGGCUUUUGGCACUGAAGAUGAUCUGGAGAUGAGCGGAAGCGGAGAUUGGGAAGAGAUGACGUCACUGUUUUUGGAAUGUUACACUGACUUGAAUUUUACAGUACAGAAGCACUGGGAUUUAACGUGCCUUUUUGUACAUUUGGGGUUUUUUUGGAUCUGAAAGAUUAGUUUGUAGUAUGUUCAAGGCUUUAAUGGUACUGACAUUUGAAGUGAUUUCAAGAAAAAAAGUGUUAAUUUCUGAUUUGCUUCAUGACGUUUCUUUUUCCCGGUUUUACCAUCCACAAAGAACAGAAGAGUUAUUUAACAAUUGGCAAAAACAGUGUACUGUACAGAUAAAAAAUAUUCGAUUUUCUUUUUUCUUUUCAAUUUUAAGUCGAAAGUCAUGAACGCAGAUGGUUGCAGACGGGAGUUUUCAAGAAAAAGUUUUCCUUUUCUUUCUGAAGUUGUAUUACAUUUUACGAAAAAAAACAAACAAAAAACAAACAAAAAAAAAGGCAGUUGUUUUCUUUCUGCUCUCAUUCAUCUACACUUCAUUUGCCUUAGCCGCCAUCUGAUGCCCUCAGUUUUUACUCUACUGUAAAAUGUGUGUACAUAUUUCCUUUUUUUUUUUCUUCUUUUACUUUUAAUGUAGUCGAUAAAAGAAGUGCAAAAACCGUUUCAAUCUUGUAAAUGUAAAAUUAGAAGAAAGAAAAAAAAACUAAUCGGGCUGCGCCUUUUUUUUUUUUUUUUUUUGCAUGUUUUUAUGUUUUCACAACAAUGAAAGCAAAAAAUAAAUAAAUAAAAUAAAAAAUUCGAAAUUUAUGUACGGAGUUCGAAAAACAAUUUCAGCUGAUGCAAGAUAUGUGAGAGGUACGAUUUUUUUUUUUUUGUAAGAAAAAAAUAAAACAAUAAAAAACAAAAACAUUAAAAAUAAAUGGUAAAGAAAGUUACUCAACAAAAAAAAAGUAAUUAAAAAAAAAAGAAAGAAGGAGUAACUAUCAGCACAAGUGUUGAAUUUGUACCAAAAAGGGAUGAAGGUGAUGGUGAGGUUGGAGGGGAGGAAGGGGGUGGAGUUAGGAAAGGGCGUUGGUUUUAAUGAUCGACUUAGCUUUAAUAGAGGAAAGGUUUCUGACACACGCUUUGUGGAUAAUCUUAUGUACUGGAAUUUCAAUUAUUCACCCCCAAACACCUAAAUAAAAAAGCUAAUUUUGGAGCUAAGAUGC